UUUCGAACUGUGAAGUUGUCUCUCUGGCGCGUUCCUCCGUUUUGGCCAAAAACUCGUGACUGAUCGAGAGAGCAAGUCUGAAACCAGCUUAGAGCGAGAAGACAGGUGUGGGGACUGCAGCUCAGCAUCCGCGUAAAGCCGUGCAAGCGAAAGAAUAGGCGAUAGUAUCUUCCGUUUUUGGAGACGUCUUCGCCGCGCUCUCUCAUUUUCCGGCUCUCUGGAGAAAGAUUGAGAUCUUGGAGCCCAGGUCUUGAGAAAUACUGUAUAUUACUGAAUCGCGCGCUCGCAGGGUGUGGUGCUAAAAGUCAAUUUAUAAGAUGUGGCGCCCGAGUAUCUCAAACUGCGUGUGGAGCACCCUGCUCCUGGCCAUUUUCAUCCAGCAGUCGCUGGCCCAGCGCACACCCACCAUAUCCUACAUCACGCAGGAGCAGAUCAAGGAUAUUGGCGGAACCGUGGAGUUCGACUGCUCGGUUCAGUAUGCCAAAGAGUACAAUGUGCUCUUCCUGAAGACGGACAGUGAUCCCGUCUUUCUGUCCACGGGCUCCACGCUGGUCAUCAAGGAUUCGCGCUUCUCGCUGCGCUACGAUCCCAAUUCUUCCACCUACAAGCUGCAGAUCAAGGACAUCCAGGAGACGGACGCGGGCACAUACACCUGCCAGGUGGUGAUAUCCACCGUCCACAAAGUCAGCGCCGAGGUGAAGCUGUCGGUGAGGCGACCUCCCGUCAUCUCGGACAACUCCACGCAGUCCGUGGUGGCCAGCGAGGGCAGCGAGGUCCAGAUGGAGUGCUACGCCAGCGGCUAUCCCACACCCACCAUCACCUGGAGGCGCGAGAACAAUGCCAUUCUGCCAACUGAUAGCGCAACCUAUGUGGGCAACACCCUGCGCAUCAAGUCGGUGAAGAAGGAGGACCGCGGCACCUAUUACUGCGUGGCUGACAAUGGAGUGAGCAAGGGCGACCGGCGCAACAUCAACGUGGAGGUGGAGUUCGCCCCAGUGAUCACCGUGCCACGUCCGCGACUUGGACAGGCGCUGCAGUACGACAUGGAUCUGGAGUGCCACAUCGAGGCCUACCCGCCACCGGCCAUCGUGUGGACCAAGGACGACAUCCAGCUGGCCAACAACCAGCACUACAGCAUCUCGCACUUCGCCACCGCCGACGAGUACACCGACUCGACGCUCCGCGUGAUCACCAUCGAGAAGCGCCAGUACGGAGACUAUGUGUGCAAGGCCACCAAUCGCUUUGGAGAGGCGGAGGCGCGCGUCAAUCUCUUCGAGACGAUCAUCCCCGUGUGCCCACCUGCCUGUGGUCAGGCGUACUUCGCCGGAGCCGAGGAUGUGGCCGCCACCUCGUUCGCCCUGGUGGGCAUCCUUGCGGCGCUGCUCUUCGCCAGAUAAGCCACACACUCCAAGCGCUCCAAGUCCAAACCAUCAACCAGCCCUCGAAUGCAUAAACAUAUAUAAAAUAGAUAUAUCGAAAACCACAUCGUAUAACCGCGCAAUAGACGUCUCAAAUGUUUCCAUCCCCAGUACUCAUUUCGUUUUGUAGCUUCCGAUACCGUUUCCGUUUAGUCCAGCCCAAUUUUCGUACGUCCAAUAUUAUGUCUUAAGUUAAGUAUGCUAAGUGAAGGGCCAACGAAAACUAGAACCAUAAUUUAUUAGCACCCUAGAGCCAAACUCAAUUCGAAAUUCGAAUCCUACGCAAUCACCUCGAUCCCGUCCGUUUUGCUUUCUGAUCUGGCACUGUAUAUGUUUUAAAUAUUUUAAUCUAAGCAGGAUACAUCACAAGCAUUCCGAUUUUGCUUCGACAUCUGAGAAUAUUUUAUUUUUAUUUAAUAAAUAAUAAAGUAUUUUCGUUACGCAAACCUGACAACUCGACAAACUAUCCCACAAAACUAGAUGAACCCCCAUAAUCGAGGCAAAAUCCAUAUUCGAAUAAAAGGCAACAAAAGUUGUGUACAUUAUUAGCUCUUAAGCACAAUGAGAAAUUCUUUUGAAUAACAAGACAUUUUUACCCAAAUUUUUGUGUGGGUGCAAGUAAAAUCCAUUUCGACUUUGUAAUAAAAAAAACGACAAAACACAAAACUAAAACGAAAAAAAAAA